GACGUCGGGCAGCGAUGUGAAAAAAUAUUAUACAGUACGAAUCAUAUUGCACAACCGUUUGUUUGUUUAAUUCGGCAAAAUAUUCGGUGAAAAAUGAACCUAUUAUGUUUUCUUGUGGUUACUUUGAGUUUAUGCCAUUUUAGUAAAACGCAAGAUGAUAAAUUAGAAGCAAACGCAACCCAGGCAACAAUAGAACCAGAUCAAAUAAGAGUUUUUUUGUACACCAGACUGAAUACAACAAAUCCUGAUCUCGAUAUACCGAUAAAUGAUACGGAGCCUUUGACAAACAGCCUUUACAAUGCAUCGAACUCUUUGGUCGUCAUCAUACACGGUUUCAAAGGAUCGGCCAACGAAUCGUCGUUCCUAAAUAUCAAAGACGCUUACUUAGGCCGAGGAGGAUGGAACGUAAUGCUAUUGGACUGGUCUCCUUUAUCCAAAGUGGAUAAAUAUCUAACAGCGGUCCAAAACGCCGACCACGUGGCCCAAUGGUUCGCUGAAUUUUUCAACGAGAUGAUUUCUAAGAAUUUAACAGACUCGGCCACAACGCAUCUAGUCGGAUUCAGCAUAGGAUCUCAUAUCGCCGGACUAAUAGGAAAACGUGUUAAUGGAACUCUGGCUAAAAUAUUCGCUUUGGAUCCGGCGUAUCCGUUGUAUUAUCGUAGAAAUUCGAAUGACAGAUUAGACGUGAACGAUGCUGAAUUCGUACAGGUUAUUCAUACGAGCGGAAAUUUCAUAUCGUUUGAAGAUAGCGUAGGUCACGUUGACUUUUACCCGAAUAGCGGUAAACUGCCACAACCGUUGUGUUUGCAUUCUAACAGAGGUACAGCGGGAAUGGAAUUUAUAUCUGUGAUGCUGUGUAGCCAUAAAAUAUCGGUUCAUUAUUUCGCCGAAUCUGUGAUGUACGAGAAUUACUUCAUGGCCAAGCAGUGCCCCUCGUGGAGUGAUUUUUCCAACAAAACUUGCAACAGCGAAGAAAUUCCUAUGGGUUAUGCGACACCUAUAAGUGCCAGAGGUAAUUACUACCUGAAUAUAGUAAGAUUACAUAAUUAUCAAGAUAACGAGAUCAGAUGAUGACAAGAUGUUGGAUUCCGAGCUGGGGUAUCUUGCUAUCAAUAAAACCACAAGAUCGAGAAUUCACGAUGCAGUAUUAUACGUACGCGUAUUUUUGUUGAAAAUCAAAACGCGUGAACUAAAAAUAAGGAAGAAAUUUUCUCCAACGUCUAGUCCAUUUGGCAAGCAUCGUUUGAAAAAUGAGCUCGCUCAAUAAAAGGCCGACUUUUAUACUAAGCUUUAUUUUAAAACAAGAUAAUUACUUCGCAAGAGCUUUAAAAAUACUUAAAAUAACUGAUUAGAGUCUAUUUUAGCUUCGAGAGUGUAAUUUCAUUUCAUCAACAAGCGAGAAGUUCAUCUUAAUAAAUCCAAUAAAAGUGA